GCUGCAGAGCAUCCGCCGUCCCAGCAGCUUGGAACCAGGGACUCUUAUGUUUGCAAUCUGGCUGGGCUCAGCUGCGUGAUGCACAGCGAGAGACGCCACAGGCCGGGCUAGUUCUUACUGUUCUUACUCUGUACUUGGGUGCACCGAAAGGCACGUACAAGGUGAAGAUGCCCGAGACUCAGGCAUCGACAUAGACAGGAAUUGAAGCUUUCAGCAUGCGAAGGAAUUUCUAGGUAUGCAUGCAAGCCCAAGGUGGCUUCUACCAGCAUGGCAAGAUCUCGAACUACAACCCUCCUCCCUGCCAGCGAGCGACUCGGGCCCUGGUUCGUACCGAAAAGCAAAAAGAGUGGAUGGCGCGCUACGACGUACCGGGUAACAGAGUCCUGAAGCAGCAUUCGAAGAUCCGAUAUACAGCUACGUGACUUGGGAGAGCUCGGGGUUACAAUCCCCUACCACCACUACUAAGCACAUACUGUUGCUCGGAGAAGGGAUUCGAGUGGAACUUGGACGUCUAAGCGAUGGAUUAAUUCCAGCAACUAGGCCGUAGAAGUGGCCCACAAACUUGAACUGUACGUAACUUGAAGGUGGAGGAUCACUUGCUGUACUACUACGAAACUAGGGCAGUUUUAGUGGUUGAUCCCAACACUCCCGGCAACUCGGUUCCAGCAAUUUGGUUGAGGUUUUUAUAUCCCGCUCACUACGGGCAGGCUGGCUACCUGCUUCUGACACUCGCAGGCUUUCCAGUGCACACACACACCGUGUCAAAUCUUGUGUGCCUCCCUUUCAUUCAAGGUCUGAGCGCCCAUAUCCCUGCCGGCUGCCUGUGUGACAGCCGCUGGUUCCGAGCGGACGGUUCGGAAUCAGCCCGCUUAACUGACAUGCCUGGAGGUAAACUUUUGCCUGCCGUCACCAAGCCCCCAUUCUCGCAACCAGCCUUUCUGUUUCUAUUGCUCUGUCCCACGAGAGGCGGACGUGAUGUAUGUUUGACAUUGAGCCACCUUGCUUUUCUGGCCGACAGAAAACUGCACAGUGUUGCCCUGUCAGUUGUACGAAGCUCUGUCACUGCCACGUGAGGACACAACCAGGGCCUGGCAGCUGGACAGCCCACGAGUUCGAGGGUCGACUCUGAUGAUUGGCAUUGGAACUGACAACCCUGCAGUGUGUUACUAUGCAGCACUGGCAGGAUUCUUGUCUGACCGCUUUUUGCGGGCUUGGUAGCUGAAUGGCUGAUGAGUCUCAUGGCUUCUAAAAUGUCGCCACUCUCGGUCCUCCUUUCAUGGCUGCGGUGCUGCUAUCACUUUCUUCCCGAAUUGGGCUUUAUGCUGAGCACCGGGUAAGCAGUGCACUUAUCAAGUCGUACAAACACGAGCCUGGUGGUGGCCCGACCUUACUUUUUGUAAGCAAGCCGACAACACUGUUGGCUCGUUCUCAUGAUGUUUGCCAUUCCAUUCCUUGUACCCGCUUGCAUUAUGCUUGCCUAGUGCUAGUGGGGCCUGAUACCUGAUACAACUGAAGCUACUGGCACAGCUGCAGAACACAGCUGCAGAAGGAAUCUCGAGAAUAGGAAAUUAGGAAUGGUCUGCAUCAGAAACUUGAACUCAGUGGACAGGAAUUCGUCUGCAUGAAACUAGCCAUGUCCAACCUAUCAUUACUCGACACAUCUCAACCGGGGAUGGUUACUUGGCCCAGGACGCUGGCACAGCAAAUCCAUGCAGCGGACCGAGUUACACCAUGGGCUGGUUCUUCUCUGCAGCAGUCCAGCUAUCUUGAAGCCAAUCCACUCCCACACCCACCCUGCAGUGGGCCAUCUGGUCCGGCCUGAUGCCCAAAUGCCCAACCAAAAACAGUUCCAUCCCGGCCUGGGGACCUCCUACACUCCGAACACCCGAAUAAACAAAGUCACUUCACAGCCCGGUCCAUGUACUGUAGCAAUCAGCAGGACCUCGCAGAUUUCACCCUCUCCGUCCCAGUUAAUUAGGUUUGUGUGGGCGUUUUAUGUGCUGGCACUGUGGAGUUAAUAAUGUCGAAUCUGUUGCCCGCAGUAAUCAAUCCGACCGAUGCUCUGACGUGUCCUGCAUGAAUAAUAUCCUCGGCACUCUGGCUUCAGCUCAAGCAGCCGUCUUGUCGGGCGCCGGCUGUUUGGUCCUCUUCCACAAGCACACAGUGCUGACUGCGGAAAAUGUGAAGAGAAUACUAGAAUGAAAAGCACCACGUCAGUUAUGCCGGCCACGCCAUAUGCCUCUGUUUGGGAGGGAUCUCCGACCUACCACAGAGCGAUACUGAGUCCCCAGAUCGACUUCAUCUCCAGACAAGUGGCUUUGGAAGUACCGAUCCACAUUGAAUACUUGACCGCUCCACCUUUGUUCAGACUAUUUCCCAGCGCGGAGGUGAAGUCGUAGGCACUCGAAGUCGCCUUGGUGAUCUCGUCAAGCACUUUGCAAUUGAGGAUGCUGUCGAAGUACAGAAUGAGGGUAAUCGCACAGUACAGCACGGCUAUGCAUACCUAGACAAAGUUGCGACCAGAACUGGCGGUGGUGUUGCGCCAGCCCCAACCAUCUCGGAGACGAAAUUCGCGGUGAUUCCGAUAACAGCAAUCAUGGAUGCCAUCUGGAGGGCUCGGGUGGCCUUAAAGGUGGCUCCGAGCACUCCGUGAUCUGGACCCAUUUUGAAAGAAAGAGUAACGAAAGUUGAAAUUGGUAUUUUGAGUGAGAAGACAAACACCUGAGGCCCGAAGGCGGACAAAAGAUGGGUUGUUUGUGGGUUGGCGUCGAGCCGAGUCCGAGUGGUCGGUACAAGUUUCAAUGAAGGAGUGCACAAAGUCAAUAUGGUUCAAAAAGGACAGAAACCCAAGAAUGGCCGCUCAGUUGCAGAUCAACAACUUCUUUUCUUUCAGAAGGAAUGUCGUGUGUGCGGCUUGACUAUCCUAAGGUGACUUACGACGGGCUUCCAUGUAGCCUUAAGUAUUUCGAGAUUGUCUGCAGAGCUUGCUGCAGGUGGUGGGCGGUGGCAAGACACAUGCGCACGACAACUGUCUCUGUUUCUGGUCAGUCUCGGAGAUCUUGUAUGAAGAUAAAACGAAUGGCGGUCAAUGGUUCUGUUCGAGGUGAAGCCGUUUCGGAGCUAAACGCCGGGGGCUAUUUCAGGCGGCGGUUAUGCUUGGACGAGUCGCGCAGCCGCCAGACAGACAAAGCCAACGCGUCUCUGAUGUUCCAUUUGCUCUUUCAGCGCAUGUUCAGACAAGGCCGUGGAUAAGCGGACUUUCAGUUUCCUCUAGCCAUGUUUCACCGAACAAACAAAGGAUGUGGCCAGUGAAGCAUUUCGGCGAGUGCAGCCGCGGACACGAUGACAGAACACCACGCUGAACUCUAGGGUGGUAGUGCCGGCGAUGAUGGCUGCAGACCGUGGUGAGCGAUGCCUCAUACCGAUCAUUAUAGAAGACAGUCUUCUGUUCAAACUUCGACACUGAGGACAUUAUUAUGGUUGGCAGAAACGUGGAUCAUGGGAUGAUUCGUGGAUGGCGGUUUGACCGGCAAUGCAGUGACGCCUCCUAAGCCCUCCACUGCACUGGCACUGGCAAGCUCAGCUUGAAAGGCCAAGCCUGAGGAGGCUGAUUGAAACAGGCUCCAGCCACAGCACAGUGCAGGACCUACCUCAGCUUAGGUAACGCACCAUCGGUUGCGACCUCUGCCAGUCACAGGUGCCAGUGUACUACUGCUAAUAUGUUAGGUUAGUACUACUAGUAGUAGUAGUAGUGCAGUGCCACUCCAGCCACCAAAUGCAAGGCGUCCUUCAGCAAAUCGCAGCCCUUGUAUCAUGGUAUGACGUCUUUCCCGGGCGAAUCAAAUGGCUGGCCUGGGUGGUUUAGUGGUACUACCAGCCCAACUCCAACUCUGAAAGGGAAAAGAAAAAUCAUCCUUAUCUCGUUAUCAUCAUGGUUUCUGUCGAUCAAGGUCGCUGCUCUGGAGCGUCGACGAGCUGUUCACUGGGAGGCGUCGUGGGCUGAGUUUGACUUCUUCUUCUGCUGUUGCUGUUGCUCACUUAUUGUAUUCUCAUCCAACACAUAACCCUGUACAUACUUACUUCAGACUGGUACUUUCCACCUCGUAUUCGGAGUUCUGCAGCUUGCCGUUGCCUUUAUCCCCGCUCACUACAUUGGAUCAAGCCGUCACUCCGCAUUUGGUGCAAGAUCUUUGCCCCGCGUGAUCGAGCCAGUAGACUUUUUGAACUGGUCCGGGGCCUCCAACCCGUCACCGCUUUCAACUCGAGGCCGUCCUGCAGAAUUUCGACAUGUCUCUCACGCGGGUUGCCUCGGUGGAGGGAUUUGAUCGAGAGCGAAGAGGCUCCAAUUCUUCUCAUCACAGGAUGACCUUCAACCCUGUGUCCGAAUGGGCUCCUCCGAACGACCGAAAGCCAAGUCUCGUGCACGCCGCUCUUGAAUUCGAGGAGGUGUCCAAGCAGAAACGUAUAGUCCAGGUGGUCAUAGCUAUCAUCUACUGCCUCUUCGCCGCCGGCGUCGUCUUUGGUUAUGCAGCGAUCAAGCCCGUCCUCAUCGAUGAAGGCGUCUUCAUAAAUCUUUGCACCCCAGAGGAGGUGGAGAAGCAUGUCUCCCCGUGUUUCCAGCAGGAGAUCCGCCUGAACUUCAUGUUCACGGUUGCGGCGGUGUCGACGAAUGUCGCCGCCCUGCCUAUCGGGACCAUCCUUGAUAGAUAUGGUCCUCGUGUCUGUGGCAUCAUCGGCAGUAUUUUCCUGGCGCUGGGAGCCUUCCUCUUCUCCUUUGCCCCGCGAAUACGGGCCGACCUCUUCACGCCAGGCUACUUUUUCCUUGCUUUGGGUGGUCCUUUCAUCUUCAUCUCCUCUUUUCAGCUAUCCAACACCUUCCCAAAACAUUCUGGCCUCAUCUUGGCUCUCUUGACCGGCGCCUUUGACUCUUCAUCGGCACUAUUUCUGGUCUUUCGCCUGAUCUACGAAUCGACAAACAAAAGGCUAAAUACUCACCGUCUCUUCCUCAUCUACCUCGUUGUACCUCUGUUCAUUUUUCUUGCCCAGGUGUUUUUGAUGCCCAAGGAAUCGUACAAGUCGGUUAGCGAGGUGGUCAAGGACGCUGAAGAGGAGAUAAAUGCACCCACACCUCCUGAUCUUUCAGAAGAGGAGCUUCUAGCUUACAGACAGCGGCGGGAGAGUACUAUCUCGGAUGUUAACCUCCUGCUCGAUAAGACCACCAACACGAAACGUGCUAAGAGGGAGGAAACAAAGAACAGCAAAUCAGGCGUAUGGGGAGCCAUGCAUGGUCACACAGCCUGGGAACAGAUCAAGUCACCUUGGUUCGUGCUCAUCACUCUCUUUACUGUGGUACAAAUGACCCGUAUCAACUACUUUGUGGCCACCAUUCGCCCCCAGGAACGGUAUCUCCUUGGCUCCGAACACAAGGCCAAAAUGGUCAACGACUUCUUCGAUGUGGCGCUGCCUCUUGGCGGCGUCCUAAGCAUUCCUUUCAUUGGCACUUUGCUUGAUCACACGUCCACGCCAUUUGCGUUGGGCUUCCUGGUUGUUGUGGCCACGCUGAUCGGCAUCUUGGGAUGCCUGCCGUACGUAUGGGCCGCAAUUGCCAAUAUAUGCCUUUUCGUCGUCUACCGUCCCUUCUACUAUACAACGGUGUCGGAUUAUGCUGCCAAGGUCUUUGGCUUCCAGACAUUCGGCAAAGUCUACGGUCUCAUCAUAUGUCUCGCUGGCCUCUUCAACUUCCUCCAGUCCCCACUCGACGCCGCAACACUGGUGCUAUUCAAGGGCAACCCCAUUCCUGUGAACCUAAUUUUGAUGGGAGUUGCUGUUCUUGUGGGUGCAGUCUUGGUCGUAUUCACCUACGUUAAGAGCCGCUCCAUGAAGCGGGAACAGUUGGAGGCUGAAGCCGAGGGUGCCUCAGAGGCGUUGAUGCCGAAUGCGAAUGGAAGCUCCUAUGGCACAACAGAAAUCAGGUAAACCAGCGUAGCUGGCGGCAAGAAUUCAACUUGACCGUGCAUGGAUCUGCUCAACUGAGCCAUGUCCAAGCGGACAAGAGUGGCUGUCAUAGCGAAGGGGAAGUUGAAUCUUGUUCGGUGAUCUUUUGGAUGUAUCCGUCAGCAUUUCGUCCUGCAUCCUAGCGUUCAGCUUCAUCUGCGAGUCUGUUGGGAGCCUAUGGCGUUGGAACUUAUAUUGAUGAUUUUCAAAUGAGGGCGUCUACUUUGACUGUACUGUGUCUGGUGACGAAGCAAUGUGCAUGUCGCGCUAUUGGCACACCAAAAUCCAGGACUCCUACCAGGGGCCAGAUAUAAAGGACUUCAGAUCUCCAUA